GAGAUGGAGGCCAUUAUUCUUAGCAAACUAAUGCAGGAACAGAAAACCAAAUACUGAGUGUUUUAUAAGUGUGAACUAAAUGAUGAAACUCAUGGACACCGAGAGGAGGCCAACCCACACUGGGGCUUACUUGAGGAUGGAGGAUGAAAAGUGGGACGAGAGCAGAAAAAAUAACUAUCAGCUACUAUGCUUAGUACCCAGAUGAAAAAACCAUAUGCACCACAAACCCCAUGACACAACUUUAUCUGCAUAUGUAUCCCUGAACUUAAAUAAAAGUUUAAAAAAAUGAAAGAGAAAAACCAAUCUCAUUUUUCUCCCAGAAUCCGCAGGAAAAACAGUGUCUCUGAAACUUUGAUUUACAUGAACAAGGGAAAAGAGAGGGUGUACUUAGAGCCCAGGUGAGUGACAGACAGAUGAGAGUGGCCCUCAUCUGGCAGAACCAAGGCAACUAGUAUGGGGCAGGUUCAUGAAAGAACUUUCUCUACUUCUCUCCCCAGAUCCUCCUGAGGAUCAAGGUCAGUGCUUUCCUAGAACCUUCAAAGACAAAAAGAAUUACCUUCUAGGGCAAAUGUCUUUCUCCAGAAUCCCCAACUUUUUUUUAGCCAUUGUACAAAUUGGGAAAAUGUACACUUUCUGGGUAGAUUCUGCAUAGUGGAGAAAAGGCUUGAGAGGCAUAAACCUGGGCUUUACAAUCACUACCCCUUAAUCCAUCAUCCUUAUUGAUGCAUGUCCCUGGUAACCCAAUCCAAAACCUGGUACCUCCCACUGUCAUUUCUGCUGCAUUACAGAAACAGACCUGCAAACAGCUAUGGUUGUGACUGAGUUUCUUCCCUGACCCCUGAGCCUUUCUAAUGCUACAAGGAAAGCUCUCUGGGAGGAGCAUGAAAUCUGCAAUAAAGCCAGAGGGCAGGGAUGAAAGGGAUCAUUUAAAUGCUGCAACUCAAGAGAUUUACACAGAAGACAGGACAGAAUUCUGAAGAGUCACUCAGAGGAAGAGAACAAUGCCACCACUACCCGUGCCAUACAUACAGCCUUUGUCCUUGUAUUUUGGUUCCUGCGUGAUAAUCAGAGGGAGACCGAACCUCUCUUUUGUCAAUGACCCACAGCUGCAGGUGGAUUUCUGCACUGACACGGAUGGAGACUCAGGAAUAGCCUUCCAUUUCCGAGUGUACUUCGGCCAUUGUGUGGUCAUGAACAGUCGUGAGUGUGAAGUGUGGAAGUGGGAAGAGAAAUCUGACCAUGUGCCUUUUCAGGAUGGCAUGCCAUUUGAGGUGCACAUCUACGUGCGUCACGAUGAGUACCAGGUAACAAUAAAUGGCGAACGCGUUUAUGGCUUUGGCCACCGACUCCCGCCAUCAUCUGUGAAGAUGAUGCGCGUGUGGAGAGAUGUCUCCUUGUCUUCAGUGAGUGUCUACUACUGAAGGAGAUGAUCACACUCCUCAUUGUUGAGGAAUCCUUCUUUCUACCUAACCAUGGAAUUCCCAGAGCCUGCUAACAGAAUAAUCUCUCAUCACCCCUUCCUCUACACUUGGUCAUUAAAACUGCGCCAAACCUUGCAUGAUUUGACUCUUGCUUUAAGAAGGGGAAAGAGGAAGUGGUCAUCCCCAAGAGGGGCCAGGGCAUUCUAUGGGAGACAUCAUGCAAUCAAAGGGAAUAAAAACCUUCCAAUGACAAAAGGAGUGAGGGAAAAGGUCCCUGAAUUGUUUGAGAAGACAUUAGAAACAGCAUUCUUCUGUGGGACGUAGUUGACGUCAGACAGUCUGAACCAAAAUACUUACUCAAUCUCAGAUGAUUCACAGUACUGAAAUGUUAGGUAGCUGUUUACAGCCAUGCAGGUGUACCUGGUGGCUUUGGGAAGAAACUGUAACUUAAGGAAAAUCAUAUGGAAUUUCUUAAUUUUUCCAUUGUUCUCAGGAUGUUUAUUGUGUAUGGACACUGUGCCUGGCUUUGUGAGGGCUGCUGUGAAUAAACUGAAGAAAAAGAUGACAAAUUUUGCGUAUGAAGUUUUCAAUUCAAGUAACAGAGAAUCACUGGAGCCCAGUGAUUUCCCUUGAGGAAUCCCAGUUAUCCUUAUGUGCAAACAUUUGAAGAUUUUUCCAUUUUAUAUGGGCAGAAUACAGGGGUUUCUAUCUGAAAAUAAAUGGUCAU